UAAACAAGACGAUUUUGGUGCCGAAAACAAUUAAAAAUUAUUAAAAAUGCCGAAAAUCGUAUCAAGAAGUAUUGCUGUGUCGGAUUCGAAGGAUCAAGAGGAAUAUAAGGACAAGUCGCUAAAUAUUUAUUAUUGUCUUUGUGGGCAGUUGUCGUUAAUUUUAGAUUGCACCAUUGACAAACUCCCCUUACGCCCCGUAGAUGGCGCUCGUGUCAUUGACGGCAACUCCCAUGCCUGCAAACUCAAAUUCGAAGCUGGCGAGACAAUUCUCAUCAAACGCGAGAAAGGAAUCGAAAAGCAACAUCGUCUAAAAUGCACUCGAUGCUCCCUUCCGAUGUAUUAUCGCCACUCGCCCGAGUCAAAUAUCACUUUUAUCAUCAAAAAAUCCCUCAUCCAAUCAAAGGACGAAGCAAGAAAUCCUGAUGUUACCAAACCAUCAAAAUCCGCCGUGACAUCUAACGCUCCCGUAAUGGUGACAAAACACACGAAAAACAUGGGAAAAUUCAGUUCCGUGACAGUUUCGACGAUCGAGGACGAAGAAGAUGAAAUCGAGGCGCGAGAAAUCGCCGACAGUUACGCCAAUAACGCGCGAAUUAUCGAAGUUUCGCUAAAAAGUCGACAGAAGGGCUUGCAAUCGGACAAAAAAGAUGACAAAGAUGGUCCGAGUCAACCGAAAAAACCGCGAGGAACACUUUUAGACGUUUAAAUAAAUUUUAAGAA